AUGUCCAAAUCAAAUUCCCCAACUCCAGCCCCAGCUGCCGGUGCUGGCAAGAGAGUGACUCGUCCUAAUAAGGAAGCAUUCAACGCCAAAUUGGCCGAGCUUGAGGCUGAAUUUAAGACUGCCGAAAAGAAUCUUGAAAUUGCUCGUAAUGAUGUCAAGAAGGCUCUGGGUACUUCUACUCCUCAAACCGAGGAAAGAGAAAAGCUUUCAAACGAAUUGAAUGAGAUUGCUGCCAAGCAGAGACAGUUCAAGACUUCUAAUGCUUCGAUUAAGAAGGAGAUUGAUAUCAUUGACGAAAACAUUAAGCGUAGUAUUAAGGAUUUGAAGGCCUUGAAGGAUAAGAACUCUUAUAAGUCUGUGGAUGAAGUCAACGCCAAGAUCAAGUCUUUGGAAAGGGACAUUGAAUCAGGAAAACUUCGUCUCGUUGAAGAGAAGAGAUACAUUGCUGAUAUCAGCAACUUGAAAAAGAUCAAAAACAGCUUUGGUCAGUUGGAUCAAUUACAAGCUUCCAUUGAUGCUGAGCGUGCAAAGCUUGCCAAAGUCCGUGGUACUCUUGACACCACUUCUCAAAAUGCCCUUAGUGACCGUUAUAACGAGGUCAAGAAGCAGUUAGAUGCUAUCCGUGAUGGCCAACAGAAGGCUUACAAGGAGAAGAACACUUUGUUUGAGAAGCGUGACGCUGCUAACAAGGUUCGUGACGCUGCUAGAUCAAACAUUUCCAAGUUGAAGGAUGAGUACUACGGCCAACUGAGAGCCUACACUGCUCAAGCUGAGGCUGACAGAAUUGCAAGAGCCGAAAAGGAGGAAGCUGAAAAGAAGGCAUUUGCCGCCGAGAAGAAGAAAGCUGAGCUUCGCGAAAAGCUCGAGGCCGCUAGUGAGCCCGCCUUUGCUAAUCAAAUUGAUAUCGCUGAGAAUUUGCUUGUUCAUUUUGAUCCUGAAUACAAAAGAGCUGAUAGCAAUGAUAUCAGCUUGAAAUCCACUGGCCCUGUUAAGACCGCUAGUGGUAGAACUAUCGACGUUCCUCAUGGUGCCGAGUUGAAGAAGUCUGACGAAGAACUUUUCGCCGGUCUUGGUGGUAAGAAGAAUAAGAAGAAGUCUUCUUCCGACAGCAAGCUUCGUCUUAACGUUGGAAUCAUUGAUGAUUUUGCUACCUUGAAUAUUCCUAUUCCUGUUUCUAAGGAUGAUGUUGAAGGCACUAUUGCCAAAUUGAAGGAGAAGAUUCAAUACUAUAAGGAGAACCAAGACCGUGUUACUGCUGAGCGUAUCGAGCGUGCCAAGGCUGAGAUUGCCAAGCUCGAACUUGCUGACAAGGAAGAUGAGGAGAAGAAGGAGGAAGAGGAGGAGAAGGCUGAAGAGGCUCCAGCUGCCACCGAAAAGGCAGAACCUGAGGCUUCUGUCGAAGCCAGUGCGUAA